AUGAUCGGACUCCCUGACACGAGACGAAGAGAUCAAAGAUGUGAAUAUCACAAAGACCAUGGACAUGAGACCAAUAAAUGUUGUGCUCUGAAGGAUCAUCUAGAGGAAUUGGUCCAGGAUGGCCGACUAUCUGAAUAUCUCCUCAAGAGUAGUAGUUCGCCAAACGUAGUGGCUCUACGCCCAGAUUCACCUCGACUCAGCAUAAUUCAUAUGAUAUAUAGCUUGCUGCCUCCAAACAGAGUAAAUAAAAUCAAGCCACAACAAUCAAUCCCAUCUAAGCCAUAUACGCUAGCCAAACGGCCCCGUUUGUCGAACGAGAUUAAUUUCUCUAAUGCUGAUCUCGAAGGAAUGACCCUCCUGCACGAUGAUGUCCUUGUGAUCAAAUUGCGGGUGAAUAAAUUCGCCAUCAAACGUGUCCUAAUUGAUCAUGGGAACACCUCUGAGAUAAUGUAUUACAAGACGUUCUUUAAACUCGACCUCAAUGAUUCGGAUCUUCUGCCGGUUGAUUAUCCUCUAUUCAACUUCAACGCCAAUCCAGAGUACCCCUUACAUUACCAAUGCGCGCAGGCACCAAAACACUUGAUGUGGAAUUCCUAA